CCCGCAGGGCUAUGGCUGCCGAAGGGUCUGUGCAGGUGGCGUUGCAGGUCGCGCAGGCGCUGGAAACCAUCGUGAGCGGCUGCGUGGGGCCCGAGGGCCGGCAGGUCCUGUGCACGAAGCCCACCGGCGAGGUGCUGCUCAGCCGGGACGGAGGCCGCCUCCUGGCGGCGCUUCACCUAGAGCAUCCCCUGGCCAGGGUGAUGGUGGCGUGUGUUUCCAGCCAUCUAAGAAAAACAGGAGACGGUGCUAAGACAUUCAUUAUCUUUCUUUGCCAUUUGCUCAGAGGACUUCACGCAGCCACAGACAAAGAAAAAGAUUCUUUGAUUUCCAAACAUAGUCACACUCACGGAAGGCAUUGGAAAACUUGUUGUCGGUGGAAAUUUAUUUCCCAAGCUCUUCUAACGUUUCAGACACAAGUAUUAGACCGUGUUGUGGACGAGUGUUUGAGUAGACACUUUCUGUCCAUCUUUUCUUCCUCCACUAAAGGGAGGAGGUUGUGUAGGAGCUCUUUCCAGUUGCUCUUAGAAGCAUACUUUGGUGGAAGAGUGGGAAGAAAUAAUCACAGCUUUAUUUCACAGUUGAUGUGCGACUACUUUUUCCAGUGUAUGGCUUGUGAAAGUGGGUGUGAAGAGGUAUCUGAGUUAGUGGAUGACUGUUUCGUAGAGCUGAACAUUGGUGUCACUGGCCUUCCUGUUUCAGAUUCCAGGAUCGUGGCUGGGCUUGUGCUUCACAGAGACUUUUCUGUGUACUGUCCAGCAGAUGGUGACAUAAGAAUAGCAUUCGUAACGGAAACCAUUCAGCCUCUCUUUUCAACCUCUGGAUCAGAGUUCAUUCUAAAUUCAGAGGCACAGUUUCAGACCUCUCAAUUUUGGAUUAUGGAAAAGACAAAAGCAAUCAUGAAAAGCUUACAGAGUCAAAAUGUAAAAUUGCUCCUAUCUAGUGUGAAACAACCAGACUUAGUUAUUUAUUAUGCAGGGUUGAAUGGCUUAUCAGUGGUGGAAUGUUUAUCAUCGGAAGAAAUUUCUCUUAUUCAGAGGAUCAUUGGUCUUUCUCCCUUUGUACUGCCACAAGCCUCUUCGCAGUAUGAAAUCUCCAGCACUGCUUUGGUGAAAUUUUGUAAGCCCCUUAUCCUUAGAUCCAAAAGGUAUGUUCAUCUUGGCUUGAUUAGCACAUGUUCAUUUAUACCACACUGUAUGGUUCUUUGUGGACCGGUGCAGGGUCUUGUUGAACAACAUGAGGGUGCUUUACAUGGAGCGUUUAAAAUGCUUCGGCAGUUAUUUAAAGACCUUGAUCUGAGUUACACGACACAAACCAGUGGCCAAAAUUAUACAUCAAGUCCUCUUAUUUAUAAGAAUAGGGAAAGUAAUCAGUUGCCAGAAAUUGUUAGUGGCUCAAUACAAAGGCCACCUCAGGGCACAGUUGAAAAGAACGAAGGUGAACUGGCAAAAACUCACACAUAUUUAAAAGUACAUUCAAAUUUGGUAGUUCCAAGUGUAGGAUCAGAAACAUGUAUUUCUUGUUCAACACCAAAAGUGACACCAGCAGAUAUACACCAGACAGAUGAAACACGGAGAUGUUUAUCUGCGAACAAAACCAGGAUAAUUGAUGACCGUGAUUCGUUUAUUGAGAGUGAUCCUACUACUGAGUCAACAGAAGAAAACACUAGAGUAGAAGCUUCUUAUGAAAAUUUAUCGAUCACGAAAAUGGCUGGAAAGGGAAGUCUGUUACCAGUGAGAUGUAAGCUACUGGAGAUGCGUGCUUCCCGGAGCUACUCUUUCUCAUCUAUACCAGCAGGUUGUGUUUUGCCAGUGGGUGGUAAUUUUGAGAUCUUGUUACAUUACUAUCUUCUCAACUAUGUCAAAAAAUGCCAGCAAUCUGAAGCAACCAUGGUUGGUAUGAUAAUAGCUAACGCACUUUUAGGCAUUCCCAGAAUCCUGUAUAAAUCUAAGAAAGGAAAUCAGAGCUUUCCACUUGUAUAUGUAAGAGCUCUCCAAGCACUGCAAACCAACCAACCCAUGGGAAGCAGUCAGACAGGUUUGGAAUCAGUAUCUGGUAAAUACCAGUUACUAACUUCAGUUCUUCAGUGUUUGGCAAAAAUUUUAACCAUUGAUUUGGUAAUCAGUAUUAAGAGACAGCCUCAGGAAAUUUAUGAUCAAGAGUCAGAAGAAGAGCUAUGAAGUUGGAAAGUCUUUAUUAAAAAACAGUUAUAAUCCAAAUCAAGCCAUAAAGCAAAGCAGGCAUAUGACUAUUGAUUCUCAAGUCAGUUCAGUCUAGGUAGGAAAACAGCAUGAUUUAAAAAGUCUUUCGAGGAAGUACACUAAGAGGCCAGCAGACAUUCAGACAGAAAUAUUAGAUUGUUAUGGAACAAUUCUGAGGAUAAAGCCUCCUGGCUGAGGGAAGCUAAGACCUGACUAAGUGUGUUCCUCCCCCCCACACAGACACCUCUUAAUGUCCCUGUGUUUCAUCUCUGUGUCAGUUUGUGUGUUUAAGGGAGGGGGUUUCAUUAGAGCGCCUUUUCACUCUCCAUCUCUGUUCCCUCGCUUGUCUGUAUUUAGUUCAUAGAAUCAUUUAAUCUCAGAUCUGGAUGAGGUCUUCAAAUGCCAUCCUAUUUUAAUUGUUUAUAUUAUUUACUUCAUUUAAAAUAAUUACUCAUGAUUUCUAAAGCAAUGAGUACAAAAUCUCUAUUCCUUUCUCAAAAAACAUAAAUCAAAUUGGUUAGUACUUCCAUAUGGUCCCUUGUUUAUUUCCAUUGCAUUGGAAAGCCUGGAGAGUGUCUGACCCUCCAUACGCCAUUGAAGAUAUGCUACUCAGAAUAGGACUUUGUGCACUGUGAACUUAUUUUCAUUUUUGUAGUUAAGAGUUAAUUCCAGAAAGGAUAUGAAUUCAUACUUUAACUUUUUCCUGGCCCCUAAGAGCUUGUAAAAAUAAUUAAUGUUUUUGCUGGUUUUUUCUUGUACUUGGUGCAUGGCCAGACUUUAGUAGUAACAAAUAAUUUAAGAAUUACUUAUUUCCUGAGUGAAUUUUAAAUGUUUUUAUUUUAUUUGAAAGGGUUAUAAAUGCAAGUAAUGUGCAUCUACCCUUGAAUAAGACAGUGUCUUCUACUUUUAGUUCUCUGUAACACCCACGACAAUACUGUUUAUACCAAGUACUCAGAAGUGUUUGUUGAAUAAAACUGUUAUCUUUAA